GACACUUCUGAUCCCUAAAGGUUUUCACAGUCCAUGGACAGACAGGUUGUUGUGGUUAAAAACGUAUAUUUAAAAAAUGAAAUUCUGCUGCUGUAAUAUAUAAUGUAGAUAAUGUCAAUUUUUAAUUUAAUUAACAUAAUAAAUUGAUAAAAUUACAGUUCUGCUGUAUUUGAGCUUAUUAUUUGACUAAACAUGUGAAAUAUAUUUCAGGCAUAGAAUUGGACUGUGAUGUAUACAAAUUAUUUAUAAUGUUUUAGGUGUUGAAUGUACAUUUUUAUUUGGUGUCUUGUGUUAACUUUCAGCCAAAACAUAAACAGAGUGACUAUUUUGACCACGUGGUGUUUGGCUAAAAAUAUCAUCCAAUCAAGUGUUUUCGAGAAGGAGCAGUGGAUCGUCGUCCAAUCAGAAAACUGUAGUGGGUUUCCAAGCAGUUCGUGUGACUAAUGCCUGUCAUAUGACUCUGCCACAAAUGGGGUUAGUUUUAAGGAACUAAGGCUGCACUUGGAUUUGGAAGAAAGCGAGACUUUCUAAAAUGCCUCCAACUCUUUUUCAGAAACUUUUUAAUAAAAGAAAUUCAAUUUCGCCACCCCCAAGAUGCAACAAAGAGGACCCCGCGUUCAGCUGGUCAUCCCCACAGCUGGACCCUAGCCAGAUCAGAUUGAUACUGUACCAAGACUGUGAGCGACGGGGGAGAAAUGUCCUCUUCGACUCCAGUUCCAAAAAGAGGAGCGCAGAGGAAGCCCCUGCCUCGCAGAAGAUGUGCAGUAGCGAGGCCCAGGUGAAGAUGUAUGGGAAGUGCUGCCAGCUGAGGCCUACAGGGGGCAGCUCCAACUCUCUGGACAGUUCCUGUGCUGCCGAGGCCCGGGAACCCAGGGAACCCAGGGAACAAGGGCUGCGCUUCCAGGGGUUGCGGUGUUCCUCUGAUGCCAACAUGUUGGGGGAGAUGAUGUUUGGCUCGGUGGCCAUGAGCUACAAGGGCUCCACACUCAAGAUCCACCAGAUACGGUCACCCCCUCAGCUGAUGCUGAGUAAAGUGUUUACAGCCCGAACUGGGAGUAGUGUCUAUGGCAGCCUUAACACACUGCAGGACAGCCUGGAGUUCAUGGGUCAGGACCCCAAUUCUUUGAGGCCUGAUCAGAACACUGUGACCAACGGCCUCCUGGGGAACAUAGGUUUCUCUCAGCUCUGCAGCCCGCGCCGGGCCUUCUCUGAGCAGGGCCCUCUGCGCCUCAUCAAGAGUGCCUCUUUCUUUUCAGGCCAUAGUAACCCCAUGGACAUGCCGGGCAGAAGCCUGUACGACGAGAGAGACAGCGGCAUCGCCAGAUCAGCGUCUCUGAGCAGUCUGUUGAUUACUCCGUUCCCCUCCCCGGGCUCCUCCCUCACCAGCAGCCAGGCCAGUAGCUACCAGAGACGCUGGCUCCGCAGCCAGACCACCAGUCUGGAGAACGGGGUCUUCCCAAGAUGGUCUGUGGAAGAAAGCUUCAAUAUGUCGGACGAGAGCGGAGGUCCCAGCCUGGGCGUGGCCAGGAAGAAGAAGAUCGCCAUCGGUGUCAUCUUCCUCCUCUCCCAGGACGAAGAGGAGAACAUCAAGUUCCAGGACUUCUUCUUCUCCCACUUCCCCCUCUUCGAGAGCCACAUGAACAAACUAAAAAGUGCCAUUGAACAGGCCAUGAAAAUGAGCCGGCGAUCAGUUGAUUCCAGUCAGAGGGCUCUGGCCUAUAGCCGCAUGGUGGAUGGCCUCAAUGAAUUCAGGACGACCAUCGUCAACCUUUACACCAUGCCCCGCGUGGCCGAGCCCGUUUGGCUCACCAUGAUGUCUGGAGCCCCCGAGAAGAACCAGCUCUGUGGACAUUUCAUGAGGGAGCUCGCCCUACUCAUGGAGCAGGCCUCAAAGAACCAGUUCCUCCCUGCCCUCCUCACAGCCAUUCUCACCAACCACCUGGCCUGGGUGCCCACUGUCAUGCCCAACGGACAGCCGCCCAUCAAGAUCUUCCUGGAGAAACACUCUUCUCAGAGCGUGGAUAGGCUGGCCAAGAGCCACCCCUACAACCCACUGUGGGCCCAGCUCGGUGACUUGUACGGGGCCAUCGGCUCCCCGGUGCGUCUGUCCAGGACAGUAGUGGUGGGGCGGAGACGGGAGCUAGUCCAACGACUCCUCUAUGUGCUCACCUACUUCAUCCGCUGCUCUGAGCUGCUGGAGACCCACAUGCUGGACAGCACUGAGGACGAGGCCAUCGUCAUCCCAGGCUCUCUCAUCACCACCUCGCUGCAGCGUGGGGAGGUGGAGGAGUCAGACUAUGUGCUGGUCACCGUGCACAAGCCCAGCGGAGACUACCUCAGCCAGGGUCCCGAGCCCCAAGAGGACAGCAGCUACCCCUCACACAGCAACAACAGCUUGCAGUGCAGCACCUACACUGAGGCUGGCCCUAAGGAGGGGGACAGUAGUAACAAUAGCCAGGGCUCCAAGAACAGUGUCCUGUAUGCCCAGGCCCACUUCAGCCACAACACUAACGCUGUGCCCAUCAUCCACAUGGAGGAUGUUAGUGAGCCCACGCCGCUCAAGGAGUCACCAACUGCCUUUCUGGAGGCCAAGCUGGAAACAGUGGUGCGUGUGGGCUCCACCUCCCCCAGGGAGACAGUGGUGCGUGUGGGCUCCGCCUCCCCCAGGGAGCAGGUCUGUGUGCUGCUGGAGACGAAGCCUGAGACCGAGUUAGAGGUCAAGGCCAGCGAGAAGGAGGGGGUGGGGAGUCUGCCCAUCAAGGUGUUCCACUCUUCUGGGAUACCACUGGAGAAGAAGCCCCCUGACAAGACUGUACCUGUACCUGUACCCGGCCCCUUUCUGUCAAAACACCAGGAGGAGCCGGCCACCAAAGUGCUGUUUCUCAUCGGCGACCCCCAGUCUCCGGGAUCAGACACAGAGAGCAGGAGGAGGAAGCUUGAGGAGGACAUUAAGAAGCACAAGAAAUGCAUCAAAGAGAAACAGAGGCAGCAACCGCAACUACAACUACAACAACAGCAACAACCACUACAGCAGCAGCAGCAACAACAACAGCAACCGCAGCAACAACAACAGCAACCGCAACUACAACAACAGCAGCCGCAACUACAGCAACCGCAACCACUACAACAGCAACCGCAACCACUACAACAACAGCAGCAGAGUGGAUGCGGUGAUCAGAGGGUGAAGUCUACUACCAGCAUAUCACCCGACCAAACGAAGACCAAUGCUGGCGGAAAGAAGACUCUGAUGCGUGUCUUCAGCAAGAUGCCCCAGUGGAACCCUGUCAGCGAGGAGUGCUCAGAGCUGUUCGAUGAGUACUUCAGUGAUGACAGCCCUGUAGAGACCAGGACUAUAGACGAUGAGGCGAAAUGCCUGGACUUGUCAAACGGCACAGACAAAACCCAGAAAGAGCUUCUGGACCCUUCGGGAGUCCAGAGUAGCAGUUGCUGUAAGGGACAUGGGCAUCAGGGACAGAAGGAAACAGGGCAGGUGGGUGUGGGACCGGGGGGUGCUGACGUCCAGGCCAGGUGUAGGUGUGGCUCUACAGACACAUCAGAGGCACGUUCCUGUAGAAGUUGUUCUGCUGAGCAGAACAUGUGCAUCCUGAUUUCAGUAACCGUCCCCAAAGGGGCCCAACAAAAGAAGGGGGCCCCGCUUAAUGACUGUGAGAUCCCUCGGAACGAGAGUUCGGACAGUGCGCUUGGGGACAGCGAGAGCGAAGAUGCAGGGCAGGACGUCCACAGGCAGAGUGAUAGCGACACCUACUACAAAGAUGAUCAGGAGCCAGAUGAGUGGCAGGAAGAGGUGGAGGUCCCCUUCCCUGGGUCAAAGUUGGUGGAGCAUUUCUCCAAACCGAGCAUUGCCAACUUUGGGAGGUCGCUGUUCGGAGGGUACUGCACAACCUAUGUGCCGGACUUUGUUCUGCAGGGGAUGCCCAACGAUGACAAACUCAGGCAGGGCCUCAUGUCAGAAUUAGCCCACGCUGUACAGCAUCCAGUGUUGGAUGAGCCCAUUGCAGAGGCGGUCUGCAUUAUCGCAGACACUGAUAAGUGGACGGUGCAGGUAGCCAGCAGCCAGAGACGAGCCACGGACAACAACAAACUUGGGAAGGAGGUCCUGGUGUCCAGCCUUGUGUCCAGCCUGCUCCAGUCCACCCACCUGCUUUACAAGAUGAACCUCUCCCCCAACUUUUGCAUAAUGCACCUUGAGGACAGACUCCAGGAGAUCUACUUCAAGAGUAAAAUGCUGGCAGAGUACCUGAAGGGACAGACUAGAGUGCACGUCAAGGAGCUGGGGAUGGUCCUGGGUAUUGAGUCCAGUGACCUACCCCUGCUGGCUGCGGUGGCAAGCACUCACUCUCCCUACGUGGCCCAAAUACUGCUAUAAUAGAUGGAACCAAAGCCAGAGGUGGCGGGUGACUGUGGACUGGAGCAGCCGGAUACUGUGCUUCACCCUGGCCCAACACGUCGGCUUGACCCUGUUCACCGACGCCCUGCUGAUGCUCUGAGAGGGCCGGUGCAGUGCAGAGUCUCCUGGACAAGGUGUGCAUCCCAAAUGGCAUACUAUUCAGAAGUUGUACACUAUGUAUGGAAUAGGAUAUCAUUUGAGAUGCAGAAGGGCCUCAUGGAUGGAUCUGAGACCUCAGCUACUGCUGCUGCCACUGGGCAAACAGACAUACUGGGCAAACAGACAUACUGGGCAUACAGACAUACUGCCACAAGGGGACAGCCGAGUCCAUGGUCUCCUCUGCUAGUUAGUGAUGAAGCUCUAUUGGCCCACUCCAAGCCAGAGAGGCAUGCUGCUGCUGUGGCCAAUUCUCCUCUUUUUCAGUGUUUUUCCCCCUCCUCUGCAUCAACAUUAUUUUAACCCGUUAAAGGACAAAAAGGCCAAAUAAUUAUUCUGUUGAGUAUAAAUAAUAAUCAAGAUAUCAAUUCUAAAAUAUAUAUUUUUUAUAUCUACUACUUUCCCGUACAAUCUUUUACCCGUUUAACCAGGAAGCACAGGUGAUAGAUAGGAUAAGUUUUUUUGUUACUUGUAGUGAAUAUGAUCAAAUUCACUUUUAUUUCAAUUAUAUUUCUGUGUUCAUGUAUUUGUUUACAAGUGUACUUGACCUGAAAUGUCUCCCUCAAUGAUCCAUAAUUCAUUGGAUUUCAUUUGAAAAUGAACUACACUAAUUAUAUAAACAUAGGCCUGGAAGUCACAUCUGGGUAAUUUAUACACAUUCAUUGUAAUUCUUAACUGCAGUGUAGCUUUAACAUUCUUGAUCACAGGUACAGCACUACCUCAGAUAUUUUGUGGGCGAUCGACGCUACACGCUUUUUAUAGUUGCCGACUAGAUAAGCCCGAGAUAAUUAUUUGUAUUUUUAAAUCAGUGGAAUGUUCAAAUAAAACUGCGAACCCAAUGCUGCACUCUUUUUGAAAAAGGGAUGUUAAUAAUUACAUAUUUGAAAAUGGGGAAAACCUUUGUAAUUAUUUUUGGAAUACAAGAAGAGCUCAUUUCUACUGCUGUAUGUGGAGAAAAAUAAACAAAAAAUUAUCUACAUAUAUUUUCAAACAGAAAUAUUUUCACAAGUUUAAAACAUUUGUAUCGCUUUGACACCAUCAUACCAUGUUUACGGCUGUAUUGCAUGCUACAAAGGGAAAGUUUGUGGAAUAUCUGUUAACAAUACGUUUAUCAGUUCCUUAAACUAUACUCAAUGUUUAUGGCAAAACCAAUCAUUUAAAAAAUAAUUGCUGCAUUGAUUUUUACAAAAGCAAGAUGCAAAACCACAAAUCUAAACCACAGAUUUGUUUUUAUUUUUUUAAUAAAUAUUUUUUACCAACCAUGAAAUUCAUGUGUUGCAUUUCAUUUGGAAGUACUUUGUCUGGAGAGUGUGCCAUGUUAUGGUUUCUUAAUGGACAUGUGGCAUGAAUGGAUCAGGGGCUUCUGAAGAAUUUAUUUUGCUGGUUGAAAUUAUUUUGACAUGCUUAUCAUGUAAGAUGCUAGGUCCUUCAGGAUAUGUUCUUAUUGCAUCUUGUAAAGCUCCUGAUUAUUUCUAUGAGGAAUGUCUACUUUUAUCUUUAUACAUGAAUAUGAAUAAAUUAUUUAGUAUGGUGUGUAACAGUUAAUGUAAAUAGUUUAUUUCCAUUUAUUUGUACAUAAUGUCUUUGAAUAUGAAUAGUUUCUAAAAGGAUCCUUUCCCAAUUUUAAGGGAAUGUUGUGCAAUAAAGAUGCCAAUGUUGUUGAUACAA